AUGGCCCGUGGUGCGUCUGUUAUCCAGUCGACCUUGGUCUCCAACCCGUACCCCCCGCCGAAGCAGCAGCUUCCUCGCUAUACGAUCUGCGAGCUAUGUGAUCGGCAAAUCCUCACAAAGGACUUUCAUGGUCACAAGUCGUCAAAGAAGCAUCGCGCUGCUGAAGAAGAAGAGCGCCAGGAAGCUGAGAAGGCCAAGAACCCCACUGGCUUUGGCGGCGAUGCUGGCCUCGAGAGCAGCACUGAGUUUGGUGGCAACGCCGGAUUUGGCUCCAGUAACGCCUUCACGACUGCUACCAACGGAUCCUCGUUCAAGAACAACGGUGGCGGCGGCGACGACCGUGCUUGUUUCGGCUGUGGUUUGACUGGACAUCAAAAGCGCGACUGCCCUCAGGGAUCUGGAGGACAAGCAUGCUUCAACUGUGGUGAGCUUGGUCAUCGCAAGUCAGACUGCACUGCACCUCGCAAGCUCAUGGGCGGCAGUGACCGUGUUUGCUUCAACUGCAAUCUCCCCGGCCAUAACAAGUCUGACUGUACCGAGGCUCCUACUGGCGGUGGCGGUGGAGGUCGCGCUUGUCACAACUGCGGUGAAGAAGGCCAUAUCUCCCGUGAGUGCGACAAGCCCCGCGUCAUGAAGUGCCGUAAUUGCGAUGCAGAGGGUCACCAUUCCCGAGAGUGUGACAAGCCCCGCGACUGGAGCAGAGUCAAGUGUCGCAACUGCGACGAAUUUGGCCACGGUGAGAAGCGUUGCCCUCUGCCUCCUGCCGAACCUACUGCCGGUGACUGGGGCAACGCUGGUGGUAACGCCGCUGCUGCAUCCACUAGCAACUGGGCGGAUGACAACGCUGCUGCAUGGUAA